AUGCUGGAGGCGCAGCCGAGCGGAGAGAAGGAGGGGGAGGAGCAGUCCAUUUCGCAGUACCUGCGAAGCCUGUACGGAAAUGGGGUGGCGAACAAGAAGGAAGUGAUGAAACACCUGAGGAGGCGUUUGUACAAUGACCCCAAGGUAGAAGAUAUAUAUAAAAAAUUAAAAGAGGUCCAUGGAAACAGUGGCAUAUGUACAGAGCAAUGGAAGGAGGGCAGUUUUGCUUUCAAGUGUUACAAUUGUGAAGGAGACCCCACAUGUGCCAUUUGUGCAACAUGUUUCUUCGCAUCUAAUCACAAGAAUCAUGUGUACAGGUUGACACACACAAGUGGAGGCUGCUGUGACUGUGGGGACACCUCAUGGAAUAUUAAAGGUGCUUGUUUUGACCACCGAGGGAUGGAAGAACAACACCUAGUAGACAAGUGCAUACUGAAAGAGGAUAUAAAGAAUCGAAUGAAGGAAGACUUGAACAGUCUAGUGGGUUCAUUAUUUAAAGAAAUAAUUCUUAAAGAUGGGUACUUCCUCUCAUUAGCCAAUGCUCAAUAUAUAGAAUAUGCAUUGGAGUUUUUUAAAGACUUAGGUAUUACCAGUUACCUCUUCCGGCAAGUCAUUUGUAACGUAUUAACACCAGCUAAACUGGACUACCUGAUCAACCUACAUUACUCAUUGUACACAGCAGUGCAAAGAGUUCUUUACUCACUUUACCUCUCCCUCUUUGUGCACCCAUAUUUCAAACAAAGCUUUGCAUUUAAAUUAUCGCAGUAUUAUAAUCUUGUAGUUCGUGUGCUAGAUAAUAAAAAUUAUAACGAUAAUAAUUAUUUAAAUGGUUUAACAGUACAAGUGUUGACGGUACCAGAAAUUGCCUACACAUUAGUAGUGAAUAAUUUUUUAAAUGAUUUAAUUGAACUCAUUGAAGAGUUUUGUGUGUAUAGUCCUACUAGCAGGUGCAUUAUGUUCACAAAUUUAUUACGGUCCGACAUUGAAGUAAUUAUACGAAUUUGUGUAGACAUGAAAUAUGUUCUUUACCACAACGAUGUUAUUAAAAUUAUUCUCUUUAACAAAUAUAUUAUUAAAAAGAUCCUGCGCCUACUUACCCUACUACACCGGAUGAACUCCCAAAUGAGGUACACCAAGGCUCAUAUCAUUUAUGAAGAUUUGUCGAGCUCCUAUGCCAUCACCAUAGAAAAUUACCUCCUUCGUGUGUUCGAGCCGUUGGCUAAUUUUUGUAAAAGAGAAGCCAAUGCCAAUUUCAGGAACCUCUUUUUAUUAUACCAGCUCACCAUUGAAAGUAUUUGUUCUUUGAAUUUGUUUCCCUUCUCGGAGGACUCUUCCCCGGACGUGGGGGCUACUCGACCUAAGCGAAAAAGCAAACGCGACCGCCCCUUCUUCAGGGUCAAGAAGUGCAUCUUGGCCGCUGCCCACCGCGCGGCAGAAGCGGGAGAAGCGGCAGACACGGCAAAUGCGGCAAACGCGGCAAACACGGCAAAUGCGGCAAAUGCGGCCAACGCGGCAAACACGGCAAAUGCGGCAAACGCGGCAGACACGGCAAAUGCGGCAAACGCGGCAAACGCGGCAAACACGGCCAACGCGGCAAAUGCGGCAGACGAGGGGAGCGCGGCUCCUGCCGCUGCCAACAGUGGUGCGAGCGCCAAGCAGGAACAACCGCGCAGGCGACUCAAGCACCUGCGCUCGAUGCACUCGCCGCUCGUCCGCUUCUUCAUGAUGAUACUCAACUUUGACAUUGUGAAAAAGUGCAUCGACGACGUGUACUGGUACAAGUACAUCUACCUGAGGAGGACCUCAAGCAAGGGAGACCAAGUGGGCACUUCCUCUCCGGGACCUCCCACAAGUACAUUCCAGCGUGCUUUCAUCGUGCGCGCCUUCCUGAAGGACUUCUACUCCGUCGAGCAAACACCUCCCGAAAUCCUCACCAAGAGGAAAGACAUUCAACAAAGAUAUGAGGACGAUGGAAACAAAAUUAAAAUGAAAAUCUUUCACCGGAAGCCAUUUCUAAACCAUUUGGAGCAAGUGAAAAAUGAAAAAACCAGAGCCUACCUCGCAGAGCUAAAGGACUUGGAGGAGAAACAUUUCAAGUGGGUCAUUCAAACGAUCGAUUCGAAGGAGAAGGAAAAGGAGAAGGGAAACGAGAAGGGAAACGAGAAGGAAGAAGAAGAAGAGGGGGACAAAAUUGUAUACAGAAAAAGUAUUCAGGAAAAAAAAGUCAAAGUGAAAUGCAAAAAUGAUCUAAUUGAAAAAAAAAUUAAAAAAAAAGACAUUGAAUUUAAUGAGUUCCUAGAAAUAAAUUUUAACGAGAAUAGGAGAAACAUUUACCUGAACCCUUUGUAUAUCGACCUGUACAUGAGAGAUGUGUUUGACUUUCUUAAUCUCUUCACCCUGAAACUGUUAAAGUACAUUAUGUUUGUUAAUGUGCACGUGUUAACCUUCAUUUAUGAAAUAAAAUACGGCUAUUGGGUUCGUAACGGACCACAGAUGACCUUCCAGGUAAAUGAGUAUGAAACGUCCUUCUUCUUACAAAGCGACCUUAUAGGACUUCAAUUCGCUAUGCUAAUGAUGAACAUUCUACCCAUUUAUGAAAACCAAAGAGUUAAAAUUGACCAGGGUACACUGGGUAUGGUGAAGAAAUUCUUUUACGAGUACAUUGGAUCUGGGCGAUCUUGCAGGGAGACAUCUGUUGCGAGUGAUUCAGUGCAUGGGUUCACCUCCGGCACGGAUGAUAGCAGCUCGAAGGAAGAGAUUAAGGAAGAGGAUGUCACACCUGGGAAGCCGCUUUCAUUUGGUCAUGUGGAAAGAAGAGUGGACCAGGGGGAAAGUGUAGCAGGUCAGGUAAGCGAAAAUGCUGUCACUCAUGAUGAGGACCUCCAGGUAGAAGAACACAACCUGAUAUAUGUUAAGAGGCACUUGCAAGGAGGAGAAAAAAAUGUUUCCAGCUCAGUGUCGGGAGAGGACCCUUGUGGGGAUGACACAGGGGUAUGCACAUAUAGAAGACAGAGCGAUCUGACCAAGGUGGUGAGCUACAACGAGAGAAUAAAAUUCGACUCAGUAUAUAAUUUCUUGCGGAGCUACUCGCUUCUACGCGAAGUGAAGGAUGAGGAGGGAAAGAGCCCCUCUAGCGGUGCCCCGAAAAAACAAGAGUGGAACGACUACGUGAAGAUGUUCAUGCAGGAAAAAAUAAACAACCCAUUUGUAAUUCUGUACCAGCUAAUUUUCAAAAAUUUCAGAUUCAACCUGAACGUAAAGCAUGAACAAGACAUCUUCAUGGAAGUUCAAAUUCAUCACUUGAAAGUAGUGCACACAAUUUUUGAAGACAUUUACACAGGAAAAUUAAAUAUGGACUCGAGGAAAAUUAAUCACGUUUUUUAUUUUCAAUUUUUCUACGACCUCCUAGUUAGAAUAUUCAACGAGCUCUACUACUUUGAGUUCAGCAACAUCCCCAGGAAAACUUCUCCCGAGAAAUAUAAACAGAGAGGAAAGUAUUAUGUAAAAAAAAUACUUAUACAACUUUUAGCCUCGAAAGAUUUUCAAUACUUUCAACUAGAGGAUGAAUUCCCUAAGCAGUUCAGACACCACCCUAGCUUUUAUGAACUUACGAAUAAGUAUGGAUACACCACUCACAUGCCUAGGAGCAAUGUGAAUUUAAUUAAACUGAAUAAAAGCGCUUGGUUCUUGUAUGAUGCAUUUUGGCCCAUUGCAAAUUAUAAAGAUUUUCAAUCGGCAAAUGAGAAAUGUAUUAAGGAGGAGAAGGCAUCCUACAUUGGUUGCUCUAGGGAGGAGGACAAGGAAUACAUGAAUGCCUCCUUCGUAAAGGUGCAGAACCUUUUGUUCUACGCGUUCAAGAGGAGCUGCCUCGUCCCCAUGCUCAUCACCAUUUUUGUGGUCAACGAGGAUUUCCAGCGCAGGGCAGAGGGGGAAGCGCCUCGCGGGGAUGAGCCCGCAAAUGUGGAGGCGGAGGCAACCCCGCAGAAUAGCGAGCCCGCAAAUAAUAGCGAGCCCGCAAAUGUGGAGGCGGAGGCAACCCCGCAGAAUAGUGAGCCCGCACAGGCGAAUGGCGCCUCCAGCGAAGAGGAAAACGAAGCGAACGGGCAGGACGCCGAUCAUGAGGAAUUCCCUGCCCAGGCCUUCGUGCUGAACGAGGUCGACCUGUACAAUUUGCUCAACCAAGAAGGAGAUAACGGCGCUGGGCAGGAGGACCAGGCAAGCGGCGAGGGUGUACCAGCUGGCGAAGCGGAAAGCGGUCUAACGGGCGCCAACCCGCAGGACAGCGCAAGCAACGACGCUAUCGCCGGUACAAGCAGUGCCCCAGCGGAAGGAAGUGACGCGCCGGCUACAAGCAACGCCGCGCCAGGAAGCAACGCCGCGGCCACGCGAAGAAACAACACGUACAUAAUCGUUGACGAUAAUGGAGAGAACGAAACGCUCUUCGCUGAAAUAUUAAUUAGCAGAAAUCUGCACAACUCAAUUGACAUGGAAAUCGUGAACGUGACGGAUGGCCACAUAGCAGAGGGAGGAGCGAACAGGAAUUACAGACAGCUGAAUGCAGAGGGACUGUCUGAAAUCAUAAGUGAUAUUAUAAGUGAGAAUAAUGUUAUAAACGAUGUGAUUGUGGAGUCCAUUCUUGAAAAUAGGACUGGGAUAAGGUACUUGAACCAAGUGAGAGAUCGAGGAGGCAGAAGCCUGGACGAUAACAUUUCAGUGGAAGAGUACACAUCGAGUGAAGAAUUAAAUAUGCCUCCCUUCGAAUCGGUGAACCCUUUACGAAUUAAUGUGUCUGGUAGGGCAGGGGGAGGGAGUGCUGUGGACGGGGUGCCACCUCGACGUUCCUUCCCUUCCACACCCAGUAACACCAGCCUCAAUAGUACCAUUGACAUUUUUAUUAAAAUUAUUAAAUUGCUGAACAUCAUUAUGGACGCGACUCACCCGUUUAAGUACCUCAAUGGGUUUUACUAUUCCAACUGUGAGUCGUUUGGCAGCCACUCAGAUGGUGACUUCGAUGACCUGUUGGAGGAGGCCCAUUUGGAUGCCGCGUUGGAUGCCGCGUUGGAUGCCGCGUUGAGCGCAGGAGAUGAGUGUGAACAGCGGCUCGAGGGGAGAAGCGGCGAUGCUGUGAAGAAAGAGAGCCACACGCCUGAAAUGGAAAGCUCAACGGGGAAUCACCAUCCUUGUGAUGGGGCCCACAAGGGAGUGAACCCAGAUGAGGAAAACUCCACUCUGGUACAAAGCACAAAGGAGAAGGAAGCAAGAGGUACACCAUAUCGCGACGUGACCAAGACAGUACUACCCUCCAAAGGGGCUAAUCCUCACAACGAGCAGAUCCUUAUAUAUGAUGAUAUGCAUGUUCUGAAGAGGAAACGAAGGGGACAGCGUCGCACAGAUGAGGACGGGGCGUUUAGUGGGAUAGUUGAAGGUGAAUGUGGUGUUGCAUGCGGUGGUGCCGCCCCCCGAGGAACCGAGCCGAACGCGCAGCAGAAGGAAGGGGAGAAAAAAACGUACGCACUGAACAAGGUGGCCCUGCAUAACCUCAUGAGGACUAUGAGCAACAUCAACGCCAACGAAGACAAGUGCUUCCAAAAGGUCAGGAACACCAUCAUUACGAGAAUGAAGGAGCUCCUAUCCGAGAACUACGACUGCAAAAAUGUGAGCAGCACCAAUCAGUUCAUUGAAGAAGCGAAGAAGAGGCAGCAGGACCUGCUUCAAAUGAUGAAGGACCAGCAACUCAAGUUCAGCCAGUUCCUUGAGGAAGAGUUGGACUCGGACGAGGACAUUUUCGGCGAGGGGGCAGCGGCAGCCCAAGCGGCAGGCGAAGCGAUAAGCAGACCUAGUGAAGACCCUACUACAGAUCCUGCAGCUCAUCCCGCCGCUAUUCUCACCGCUAAUCUCGCCGCCGUUGGCGCGACGUCACGGAAGGACGAGGGACGAGUCACCAGGAGAGACAAAGCGGACGGCGCGGAAGAGGCGAACGAUGUCGCCAACUGUGAAUACGAAAGGUCAAAGGAAAAAAAUUGCAUCUGUGUACUCUGCAAAGAGGGAAUGACGAGGAACAACUUGCUGGCCUACAUUUGCUUCGCGUCCCAUUCGAACCUCCUGAAGAAAAUUAUAAAAAAAAACAAAGUUGCUUUCCCGUGCAAACACCCAGCCAUAUACACAUGUGGACAUUUCAUUCAUAUGACUUGUCUCCACAACACAAAAAUUUUUAUUUCAAAGAAUUCUCAAUCGCAGUCGUCCAGUCCAACUAAGUAUGAGUUCACGUGUCCCCUUUGUCGGUCCAUCGCUAACUGCUUCGUCGUUUAUAUACCCAAGCGCUAUGUGUCUCAAGGGGACAGUUACAGGGUGUAUGACUGCAGCGAGCGGGAGUUGCUCCUGGACCAUUCAAACAGAAAUUUGGCUGACCUUCUGAGGAGGACAAGGAAGGUGGAGGAGCUGGGUGAUGAGCAGCUGGUUACGAAGUUUACAGACACAGACCAAGCGGUCACCUCAAACAAAAUUGAAACUGGUCACGGAGGUGUGGUCAGUAGUACAGACGAGCUGGAAAUGGAUGACCAUUCAGAGGUCGCAUCGGAUCGAUCCUUCUCUUCAUCUACGUCUUCCAAUGGAGCCCUCGACAGUGACAUCCCGGAAGAAUUCCAUUUCAAGUAUAUGCGUAAAGGAAAGAAGAAUGGUUCUAUGGACAAUGCAAAAUUCUUUACAAACGAGAAGAAAGAGUUUGUCCCGAACAGCUCCAGCCACAACGUCACCUACAACCUCUAUGAUGAGAAUAAAGUCGGAGAUAUGUUUAAUGUGCGUUUUAAAAAAUUGGUGAGUAAACGGGUUCUAAAUGGGUUCUUAUCUUACGAAAAUUACGAGCUCAACAAGAAAAUGAUUUUGAGGGAAAUUUAUCUCAAUGAGGGUGGCAUGUACGAUGAGCUGUACAACAAAGAGGAAGAUUCACAACGCUCCUCAUCGGGUGGUAGCAACCCACAUGAGCAAGUCACCUCAUUCGGGAUAAGCGGCACCGAGUUGCAUCUCCACAAGAACACAAUGAACUAUGGAAAUAAGGAGUUCACCUUUUCCUACAAGAACUCCAAUUACUUUUACAAUUACCGAAAUGGCUUUUUGGCCUACUACGUGAGUGUGCCCCUCAAGUAUAUAAAGCAGGUAGAAUUUUUCAUGGUGAGGGAUAAUAACUUGGCCCAGUCCUCUCCAGGGGAGUGCAAGCAAUUUUAUUUCACCUCCCGGAUUGAGAAGACAGAGGAGGGGAAGAAGGCAGUAGAAGAUGAUAGUAGCGAAGGGGUAGAUGUUAAAGAAGAAUCUGGUACGAAGGAAAAUGUGGAGGUCAUAAUAAAUUACCACUUGGAUAAAACUCUCCUUGAGUUUAUAAAAAAUAAUUUGAAAAACGAAGGAUCUAACAUUGAAGAAGCUAUUCAAAAGUACGAACUGCCGUGCAGUAACCAGAGCUGCUCAUCCAAUGGGCAAAUGAAUCAGCCAAAGGAGGAGACGUCAGGUGAUUACAGUGAUCAGCAUGAUCAUCAGAUGGAGAAAAGGCCAAAGAUUGACUCGGAACCUACUACAAAACAGGACGGCAAGUUGGUGCAGGGUGCAUUACCAGAGUAUGUACCUUGCGUCGGUGCACGCAGUAGCAAGGUAGACAUAGAAAAUACCAAUGAGGAUGAUAAGAAGGGAGAAGGUAAUGGGACACCGCACACAGGGGAAAUCCCCCCGACUGACGCGAAUAUUUCUUCUACUGUAGAUGCAGACAUGUUUAGAAGUGUUGAUCCCACGAUUGGUAACGCACCAGAAUCUGCCAUAGAAGCAAAGAGUGAUGGAAUUGGCGCUGCUCUUGGCAAGGAAAGGACGAAGGAGAAGUGCCUAAAGAGGAGAAGCGGCAGAAGGACCAGCAGAAGGACACUCUCCGGAGAAGGAGCGGACGACACGCACGGAAACGGCAGCAUCUAUAGCAACAGCAACAUGUGUAGAAACGGCGGAAGAAACGGUGACGAGGCACAAGAGGGGGAAAAGGACGACCAAUCGACUAGCGCACAAAAGUUUCAGUACCGGUGCACAGCAAAGCAUUUUAAAAGACAUAACACUUAUAGGAGACACCUAAACGUGGGUAGAAGCUGGGAUGGAGUCAUAAGUACGAACAAGAGAUUCUACGAGUUGUACAAAGAUACCCUACAUGGGCAGAAGCUCGAACCUGUGUUCGAUAUGAAAGCGUUAAGGAUGUCCAUCAUUCAGUUAGGACUCAUCACGGAAACGUCCUGGAGAAUCUUCCACCAUAAUAAUGCUACGUUCUCCACUCUACAAAAUCAUUCAAGGCAUUAUAAAAAGCUAAUCGACUUUGAGUAUAACCACAAGAAUCAGGACCACUACGAAGAUGUUGACAUUGAGGAAGUGGGAGUGAAGGAUGUGAUGAGCAUGUAUGAGACGGUGGAACUUUACCCGGACUUCCUACAAGACUGGAAGUGCAUCGAGUUUGUAAACAGGGAGGAAAUUCGAAGGCUGAGGAGGGAAGAUUUAUUUUUCGUCAACCGAGGGUACUACGCCAGGUGCAAGAGGGAACGCCGCAGAGGGGGCGCAGGAGCGGUCGAUUUAGCAGGUGUUGCGCUUGGAGCAGGGGUACCAGCGGGAAUCUCGUCAAAUAUGUUGGCCAGCGCAUUACUAAACGUGGUGUCCAACGUAGUAGGGAACGCUUCACCGAUCGGAACGACGAGCGAUUUCAGUGUGCAGACCCACGGAUGCUCAAGUGAAGAGAAGAAGAAGAAAAAAAAAAAAAAAAGAAAAUGCGACGUCCUCAAUAUAAAAUUCUGGAGAAACAUCAACACCGCAAUAGACAUGGACAAGCUUCACUGGAUACUGUACAACGAAAUAUUAGUUCACCUGUUUUACAAAAAUAUAAAUUACGUCUCGUGUAACAAUCUGAUCGAAACACUGGUGCGUAAUUUUUUCCUUCACAAACAUGAACUGAACAUUGUAAAAGAAAAAAAAAUCUCCAACUUAUUCAACUUACAACUGUGGAAAAAUUUGUACAACGUCUCAUUCGAUUAUGUGUACCCCUAUCGAUUCACUGAUCAUAAUUAUAAACGUUUUUUCAACAAGAUAAAAAAUGCACACCUGCUAAAUAAGCUAGCCAUGGUACCCCUGUCCGUAGACGUCUUAAGAUUGUUUAUGCAUUUCUUCCUCAACCAACUGCUCCACACCCCAGCAGACAUCCAACACUUUAUCUCCAUUUCGCUUAUCAUUAUCAGCUUCCAAGUUAUGAAUGAAGUGUUCAUAAGAGAAAUCUCAAAAUCCUACGUCAGAUAUAUUUUUUCAUCAUUUUCACCUGAACAAGUCAGGCAAAACUUUGAAAACAUAUCCAAGUAUAUUUGUGUCAAUUUGGAAGAAGGAACUUAUCCUAUGAGUGGAGACAACAGCACAUGUGGAGAUAGAAGCGAGACUAUAUUGGAUUACGAAAAUUGUGUUAACCCACCACCCUCCAUCAAACGAAACGAUGACGAGAAUGACGACACAGAAAAGUUUGAUGACGAGGGGAAGAUACAGUACCAAGUGUUUCAUACAUUUAUAUUUGACCAUUUCGUUGGGACGGACGAGGAGGCAGCGCAUGAUGAGAAUCCUCCUCAGAACAUGGGCCACCCAAAUGGCCUCCCAAACGUAAAAAUAUCUUCCCGUAGCGCCGCUAGCAGCGGAAAAGAAUGGCCACUGCGGAAAAGGGACAAAUGGAUGGACCACCUAAAUCCCAUGGAGCUGUUUCAGGGAGUGAAGAAACUCUCGUAUCAUUUUAACCAAGCAGAGAUAAAAUUGUUGAAGAGUUGUAUCCAGCAGAGUGAUAUCCUUAUGGAUUGCGAAACGGAGUGUGAUCACUUCACACAUGAAAUGAGUUACACUCGUGGAAAGGAAGAAGAAAAAGUCCCCAAAUCGCCUGAACAAGCAAGGCAGAAAAUAAGGCCCCCAUGGGGGGGAACGCACACAGAAGAUAAUCAAUCCAGUGGGUUAGAGAAAACUGAUCAGGAUGAAAUGAAUAGGAAGAAGAAGAAAAAGACAGAAAAAUUGUUCAUUUUGUACGAGACGAUGAAAAAGCUAGUGCAAAUUAACGAAUUCAAAAAAAAAACAAAAAAAUUCAUGCUCCUCUUAUGUGAAGUUAACGAUGAGUAUAUGAAGCAUGUGUACUUUAAUGGGUGCAUGCCCAUAAAUAUAUUUUUAAGUACCAACUUUACCAAGUAUAAUCAGUUUUUCAAUAACUACUACCCAUUUUUAUACAACAGAAGGAGGAACUCCAAGUGGGGAUCCUUCCAUGUGCUAUAUGAGAAUAGGCUUCCUGGUGUGAGGGAGAGCAAGAAGAAGGGGCCCCUCGUGAAGAACAAAACUGUCAUGAAAAGGGACUAUAAUUACUUGGCCAGUAGCAGCAGCGGGUGUGGAAGUGGCGCCGCGAAGGAGACGGGCAGUGAGACCCCCCCUAGUGGAGAUGCACUGAAUAGACACACGGACGUGGACACGGUGGAGAACGAGGCCGGGCAGCAAUACACGUAUAAGAGGCACAUAUUCGAAGAACAGGAGGCACCGUCCAAAUUGUUAGGAAGCGGAACUCGCAGUGCAGUAGGGCAAGGCGCAGUAGGCCAGAGUGCAGUAGAGCAAAGCGCAUCAGACCAGAGCGCAGCGAUGAGUAGCUCCCGAGAGGGAUUAUUAACCAGGAGCAAAUCACAUGCGAACCGAUCCAGCGAUGAUAUGGAAGAAUCUCAUUUGCCAAACGAGCUGAACCUCUUCAAGUACAAACUGUACAAUAUAUCUAGUGAAGAAAUCAGCGACUUUUACCUGACCAAUGACGCACAAGAGAAUUUAUUCGACCCCACAAUGAAGAACCACGAUUUUGAAUUCAAACACAUAAAUUUAGUGAGUCAACUUAGAUUAAAAUUUGAACAGGUCCCAUACGUCAACCACUUAUUUUACAUGUACAAUGCAUAUAAUAAUUUGUUCACUUUGAAGGAAAUUAAGAAUAUCCAUAAUAGGAGGGAGCGAGAGGCAGAAAAUUUCUGUGAGCAAUUUCUCUUAACUCGAGUAGGUGAGGAUAUUGCAGAUGGGGUACCAGCAGAAGUAAAUUUCUCUGAUGCAAGCUUCAACAGCAAUGAGUCCAUUCAUUGUUCAGAUCGGGAGUAUACCAAUGACAAGUGCCACAAGUGUGACGAGGAGGAGAGGUACGAUGAAGGUGGAGUGACAGGGGAUGCUGUGAUGACUUCCUCUCUUGGAGUCCUCAACGAUAUCCUAGACGUGGGGGAACUCAUAAAAGAUAUGAAGAAAAGUAAAAAGCGAAGAAGGAAAAUUAAGAAGAAUAAAUACGCAGAUGAUCUGUUUGUGAAUUUCUUUAACAAAUCGGUGAAGGGGGGGAUAGGGGGCAAAGGGCACGAUGGAAGUGAGAAGAAAGGACAAGUAACAAACCCCGCCAGGGGGAGAAAAUCUUCGGGCGCCACCUCCUACACUUCUGCGGUGGGUACCCCUCUACAGGGUGACAACAAAUCAGCGUCGCAAGUGGCAAGUGGCAACCCCCCCACCGACGUGUUCGUGGACCCCCAUGAUUUGAAACGAGUGGACAUUUCUCGAGGGGUGCAGCGGGACAGAGGGGGAAGUGUCACCACACAAAAGGGAGAAAACGCACCAAGUGAACGAAGCGAUGGGUAUGGCAGCUGUGGCGAAAGCCACUGCGAUUGCCACCCGUCCUGCGAACCGUGCGCAUGCUAUUCCUACUCAGACGCGUCCAACCCCUCCGACUCUUCCUUCAACAGUCAAGGCAGCCUCGCCUUCCGCACACUGCAAGAUGAAAACGAGUCCAGCAGCGACCUCGACAACACACUCUUCAGACGAAGGAUACAUGAGAGAAAUAACCCCCCAGAUUCGUUCGUAGACUUCAUGACCAGAAAAAAAUAUGCCAGCAUGAAAAAUAAAUUAAAAAAUUGUAAAAUGGAUUAUUAUAAAUAUAAAGGUGUGAACAAAAUACAGAGGUAUCACAUGUUGUUGAAGGCUAAUGGUUUAAAUAAAAAUUUCUUUUACCAUAUUAGGAGGAUGUAUAGCUAUGUGUUCAACCUCUACGACUUCCUACCGCUAUACUUGGUGCAGAAUAUUCUUCUUCACUUCCACCCGGGGCAUAAGGAGGCCAGGAAGUACUACCAUGUUGAUGAUAUGUGUGGUGGUUCAGCUCACCCCGAGGAUGGAGAGUACCAGUUUAGUAAGUACUCUGAAUCUUUCUUUAAGACGAAGCGGUGGAGAAGGAAAUAUGCCAAGCAUAGGGAUCGCAUUAAUGGUUACCAUGCUCAUGGGGGGGGAAGCAAAGUGAAAAGUCAUGGCCGCGGUGGGGGACAGGAGGCAGGCGUGGAGAAGAACAGCGCAGAGGGGAAACCGGAUGGGGAAGAAUUGUACAAAGAUGCAACCGAGGCAGCCACCCAUUUGGAGUCCACACCGGGGGAAACGUGCGGCGUAGUGCCCGGGGAAGUCUCCGGCGAGGCCAAUCGCAAGGGCAGCGAAAAGGGCUCCAACGGCCCCUCCUACGACGUUAACAAAAAAAUAAAAACGCAGCACAGCAGUAGCGGCAAGUCUGACUCCAUGACUAAUCUGUUUGGUAAAGGGGGGGACUCCCAGGGAGCAAAGCCACCCCACGGAGGUUCAAGUGGUUUGUGGAGCGACUCUCCAAGUGGCAUGCGAAGUGGUGUGGGAAGCUCUUCACCGCGCGAUUGUUUUUCGGGUACCACCCCGAAGGCACAUUCAAGUAGGGGGACAACCCGACGCUCAUUUCAUCCCACCGACCUAAACGGAGAGCACCUGCUAAGCGUGAAGAAGGUCUUUUAUAUAUUUUACCACUACCUCAAGAGUAACCAUUACAUAGACGGUAAGAAUUCCUGUAGCAAGAUAUACAGGAGGUGCCUGAAGAAUUAUGUAAAGUCAGCAAAUGUGUACCUCCACUUCGUGGCAUAUAUGUUAUUUUCCAUUUACGACUGUAAUGCAUUGGCGAAGAAGUACUUAGACUAUAUCCACCUGCACAGCGACCUAGGGAAGUACAAUAUUUUUCUCCUCAUGCUUAAUGUGAAUCCUCACUUUGAUCAGAUAUACACAUACCAGACCCUGCAGCUGAUUUUCCAUCCCUACUUCUACCAGAUGUAUCAGAUGUAUAAGAUUCUGAAAAUAGAUGCAGAACCCGUUUUGCCUCACCAUUUUUAUGAAAAUAUGGAAAAAUUUAUUUCUUCAAGUUCUUUAUUUCAACCGAGUAGAAAUUACUUCACCAUGAUUAAGAGGUACUUCAAGACCAAGUGUGUUAAUUGUAGCAAAUCUCCCACAAUACUUCUCAUUUGUCUUUUUUGUGGGUCCACCAUAUGUCUUCAGGAGAGCGAUAGUGUGCGUGUGCCCCUCUCCGAGUCCAUUGGCAAGUGCGGCUACCACACCACCAUCUGCGGCGGCGACCAGGCCCUGUACCUGUGCCUCAACGUGUCAUCGGUUCUCUUCGCGAGUGAGCACCGCUUCGGCCUUGUCAGCGGCCCUUACGUGGACAAACACGGAGACGUCGACCCGCGACUCAAGCGCGGAAAGAACCUCUACCUCUCGCCCCACAAGAUGAACCGGAUAUACGAGAUCAUUGUGAACUCGGCAGUGGGUAAUGAUUAG